UAGGGCUCACUUUUAAACUCGAGUGACUACACCGUUUUACCGCAGAAUAUAUGAAAAUAUGAAAUAUAUUUCAUAUAUUCUGUUGUUUUACCUACAUCGUGGUACUACGAAAUACGAAUUAAGAUUUAGUAUAGAAUUAUUUCGUAUACUAAAAUGAUCCACUUCAACUUUUCCUAAUAUUUUGAAUUGUACGAGCUUGAAACUAUUAUAUUGCAUGUAUAGACAUUUUUACUUGGCACCAUGAACAUUUUGAAAGAUAGCAGAGUCAUAAGAUAUAUUUCAUCAUUAAAUGGAUCGAGUCCUGCCCAGUUUGUGUUCACAUCUUGUGAGUGCAUCAAUAAAAAUAAUAUACCAGAAGAUGCUCACUCUAAUAUCGCAGUUCCUUUCAGUAGUAAUCUGGCUGAAUUAGCUGCUAACCGAGGGCCAAAAAACGUAAGACUUAUUGUAAUGUACAUAACAAACACAUCUUAUUUCAACGCAGAUACAAUGAAGUUCUUAGUCAACGAAAUGUUAGAAUGUACAGACGUUGGAAUAGUUGAACAGUAUUAUAAUGUUCUUGAUAAAAAUCUCAAGCUGCAUCCCCCAUGUGCUCAAUACAUGGAUAAAGAGUAUGAACAAUUACUGCUCAGUUCAUAUCGGAAUCAUUUUGGGGAAAUGACUUUAUGGGAUUAUAUAGUAGAAUGCUUGAAUAAUAUAACAAGAGGAUCUCUUUUAUAUGGGGACGAUGAUGCGUUUGAUUUGGCAUUCAAAAAAUGUCUUACUUUUUGCAUACAAAUUUUACAAGUUGAUUCUGAAGUAUCCAAAAAAAAAAAUAAAAGAUCUUUGGUCGCAAAAUGUCUUAAGUAUAGACUUGAAAGAAAAACAAGAAUGAGUGAAAUCAUCACACUUUUGGAUAAGUUAUAUAACACUGGGUAUAAUUUUCAAAUGCCUGUUGUCCAUCUUGCAAUACUUGUAAGUCAGUUGCAAUGAAAUUAAAAUGUAAUUUUUUCGUCUUAUGUACCCAUUGUUUAAACAGUUAUAAUCAGUUUAUUGUUUGUCAUAGACAACAAAGAGACUGAGUUGUUUUUUGAUAUAUUGACAUUUGAAAUAAAAUUUAAUGUGUAAUUAUCCUUAAUUAAAAAAAAAAUAUAUUCAUUCUUAAAUUGAA